AUGGAUCAACGUCAGAAACGGUUUACCAGGUUGCCACACGGACUUCAGAAAGCCUCUCAUCCACCAGAUGAUAAAGGCACCUUACAAGACAUAUUAGAGGAAAAACUGUCCUCCCUGCACGUCAGCGACGCACGAUUGGCGCAGCUUCAGAGUUCCGGAAAAGAAAAGGCCAACAAGAUCACUAAACCCUACCGUCAGACUCAAAAUCAGUCUGCGCCAGAGCUUAUCAAAAACAGUGAUUUCCUGAAGAGGGAACACCCCUCAGGGAAAUAUCUCAUGACAUGGGAGGUGAACCAGGCUGGUAUAGGCCGUUUAGGCCUGGAGAAUUGCGCUGGUUAUAAAUCAAGGGUGGUGGUCAAAAAAAUUAUGGCUGAAAGGCAACACAAAUCCAAAAAUCUGAGAGCCACCGAUGAUCAGUAUUUGGUCAAUUUACAAGAAGCAUUUUUCGAUCAGGGCUACUACUUCCUUGUCUAUCUAUUUCAAGGAUUUGCAAUUGAUCUGGCAGUCACAUGCGCCACACCUCAUGUUCAAUUCAGUGAAGCAGACAUUGCAACUGUUUGUAGAAGCAUUCUGAAAGGGCUGGACUAUAUCCACGAGGUUCUUCAGAUGAGUCACGGAAACAUGGAUCUCAAGCACAUUUUGCUCUCCGAAAACGGUUGCAUUAAGAUUGGUGCGUCUGCCGCCUUUCUCCUUUCCCACUUGUUGCUCACGCUACAGGUAGCCAACAUUGGAAGAAGUCUGCUGGAACACCAAAGUCUUAAAGGCAGAAGAGACGACAUCAAGAGUGUCGGCCUGUUUGUGGUCCAUCUGAAGGAGCCGGCGACAAUCCUGGAAGACAAAAGAACACAUCUCUACAAUCCACAGAAUGUCUCGAACCAGGCAAAGGGAUUCAUUGAGGAGGCACAUACUGCUUCCUGCAAACUUCUACUGCAGGUAGAUUUCCCUUCUAUUGAAAGAUCUUGCGGAAAUCACUAA